UGUAGUUGCGGUUGUUUGCGAUGUGCGAUCUACCAUAGGAAAUCUUUGGAGGAACUUGAAUGUGACAGCUACGUUUUACGAAUACAUCCUAACGUUUAUUCAAACUUUUUGCUUUUAAAAAACUCUUGGUUUGAUCCUUUGCAACUUUUUUAAGCUUGUUCGAGAUCAUUUCUUGGACGUGAACAAAUUGUAACCAUUUGAAAUAUACUACCAAGUCGGAUGCUUCUAUUGUGUUCAAACUAGCUGACCAAUGCAUAUCCGCCCUACCCCUUUUGGUAAGCAAAUAUGCGUACGGUUCGCAACCAAUGCAACCCUACAUUCUAUAAAUUUGAGAGAGUUCCAAAACGUUGCAAGGCAACCAUAAAUUGUUACGCAUUCCUAAAAGCAACUGUGCAAACUUUGGCGAUGUAUCAUGUUCCAAAAUGUAUCGGUAAAGUUAUUGAUGCACAAACAAAAGCAAACUGCGCAUUGUUAAGUAAUUUCCCCGAAAAGCAACUAAUUGGCUCGAAAAACGACUGCGAAACCGCAUCAAUACAAUGUAUUUUGACGCUUGAGUACUCGCCUUAUAUCUUAGAUAUUCAAUACAUGUUUGCUUUCUUACUGCUAACCCCAAUUCGGAGCGUUGAGCGCUAAACAACAGUGUGGAGGACCUCUCCGGGCCGUUCGGUACUUCAGAAAGAGCGACUCUUUAUCGCAUGAUUUUUGCAAUUUGAUGGUGAAGAAAAAAUAAGAGCUGAAAAGCCAAGUAGACAAGGCACAAUCUUUUACAAAAGUGUACAGCUGCUGGCAUAUGCCGAUGAUAAUGAUAUCGUAGGCUAUAAAACCCCGACAUUAGUUCUGCCUUCUCCAAGCUUGACAAAGUAGCGAGCAAAUGGUAGUGAACGAAAACAAGACGAAAUAUCUCCUGUCAUCAAACAACAGUCAUCGCAUUCGCUUCUCACGUCACUGUUGACAGUUAUAACUUCGCGGGUAACACCAAUUCGAGCAUUGACACCAAUAAUUAAUGGCAGCCAACACAGAAUAACCUUUUCAAACAGCUGCUACUGAGUAGGCAAUUAAAAUGUAAAGUUCUCUCUGGACGAACUAAAAGCAAACCCUAUAAGUCACUCAUCAUUCCCGUCCUACUAUAUGCUGCAAAAGCGUGGACGAAGUCAACAGCCGAUGAAUGGCCGGCUCAGCCGUCGAUAGAAAAGUUUUGCAAAGAUUUAUGAUCCAUUUUGCGUUGGCUACGACGAACCUCGCAGACGAUGGAGCUACGACUAUAUGCUGACAUUGAUAUAGUUGAGCGAAUAAAGAGGCACCGGCUGAGUAAAAGUGCUACAGUUUUGUAUUCGAUGCAUUAACCUUCGCUGGAAGUAGAGGGAGAGGAAGGCCUCUACCCCGUUGAAAGAAACAGGUGGAAAGCGGUCUGAUUUCACGUGGGUCAUUUAACUCGAACCAAACAGCGCAAAAAAAGGGACGAAUGGCGCAGUAUUGAUUCGCCUACGCCAAUUAAGAAGAAGGAAAGCAUUUUAUUGGUUUCUAGAAGUAUGAAAGUUGAUCUUUCGAAGAAUAUAAAGCAUUUUCUUUGCAAGUGUAGAAUUUACUUCCGCAUACGGAAUUUAAAUAAACGCCGAAAAAUCAGAAAAGCUAAAGAAAGAUAUUGGAAUUGAAGAAAUUUAUAAAAAUCAAUCCCUGGGUAUGCACAGUGUUCGGUAAGCUGGUGAUUUUCAAUUUGUUUUUGUUAACAAUAAAAUAAUAAAUAAUA